AUGCUCGCUGAUGACAUCGAAAACAUGGCGGCUAAGGGCUGCCGUUCACCCAUCCCUGUGGCGGCUGAGAUAUUCUUCGCCUCUGAGUUAUCGUCAUUAGUAGUAGCAUCUCACUCACCAGCCGACCCCAGCAAGGACCCAGUGUAUGGGACGGCGCUGAGAUUGGUAUGGGCCAUUGGCUGCGUUCUCAGCAUAUGGGUCGAUCUGGAUGAACCUGAGAGCUACCCCUUGAACGCUCAGGUCUGGUCCGCCCUGGGGUACAUAUCUUUCCGUAUGGGCCAUUUCGAUAUUGCAGUACACUCCUAUCUAGAAGCCCGGGACUGUAGGGAGGCGUAUGCUAUGUAUAAGGGGAGAGAGCAUACGGUGUGUCCACAUAUAGCGACAGCCUAUCAUAAUGCAGGAGCGGCGUUCAUGAAGAUGGGCAGGGAUCGAGAGGCCUUCGCGUUCCUUGGGGUUGCCAUGGAGGCCUUUUCGAUCUCAAUCGGUGAGCUCCAUCCGCGGGCCCAGAUUUGCCUUCGUAAUUUGCAUGCCCUUCGAGAUAGGGGCGGGGUCUUGAAGACUCUAGCCUCGCUGGACGUUCCUCACGUCCUACGAUACAGAGUCGAAGACACCAGUAAAAACCCAAGUACAGUGAAGAGGAGUAAAAAGAAGAAUAAAAAGAGAGCAUAA